AUCUCGUGCUGCCAAUGCCUCCCGAUCUCAGCCAUUCACUGAGUCAUUCACCAGCAAUGCUAACACAUCAAGCCCUAAGGCUGCAAAACAAGACACGGGAAACUACUACCGGGAAAUUGGUGGUGGAUCUAUAAUUGGCGACGUUGAGGAGCACUCGCCCGCCUAUACGGGAAAUACCAACAACACGGGUGGUAGUGGCGGGGGCCAACUUCCUCGGGCUCGCACUUCAGUGCCAGGAAAUCGAGCCGGUCGAUUUUCUUCAGUUGAAGCGCCCGCCAAUUCUCCCGUCUCCUCGGCCAGCGGUGGAAGUCAUCACAGCAGCGGCAACAACUCUCAAGCAAAGUCCCCUGCUCGAAGGACGGCUGCAAAUGGAAACAGCGGAAAUGGAAUCACCAGCAACAACACAGCUCGCAACUCCAACUUUUCCUCAAAUCAGCCACUUCGAGCAGGCACUGCGCUCAGUCGAUCAGAAGCCAAUCUGCAGAGUGCACUUUCAGGUUCUUCAGCAAGUCGUCCAGCAAACAAGCCACCAGCAAGUGUGGACCUUCUGGGCCCUAAUCCGCUGACGACCAUUCUGAGCGACGACGAGCUGCUGCACUUUGUGACGCAGCCGAUCAGCGCCGAGGUGACGCUGCAGUGCACCAUCAUUCGCGACAAGAAGGGCCUCGACCGGUCCUUCUAUCCCACCUACUACAUGCACUUGCAGGACAUCAUAAUCAAUCAACCGGGAGGGGCGGUGUCGGGCGAAUCGGCGCUAAAGUCCUCGCUGUCAAACAACAACUUUGGUAGCACUAGUUCUUCAGCUGGAGGAGGUGGUGGUCAGUUGGAGGGCACGGCGACCAUAUCAAUGUCGGAGAGUGUGGACAGUCUGGAGAGUAUCAAGUCCAAUGAUGACGAGGUAGUUGAUCACUCCAGAAAUGGAGGUCAACAGAGAAAUCAGUAUCAGCAGCAGCAUCAGCAAACUCCUUCGCCAAAUAACAAGGGCACCACAAACAAUAGCAACAACAGUGCCACUGGUCGAAAGGUUUUCNCUUCGCCAAAUAACAAGGGCACCACAAACAACAACAACAACAGUGCCACUGGUCGAAAGGUUUUCGUGCUCAGCGGCCGUCGUCGGAAGAAGAGCAAGACUUACGUCAUUGGCAACAACGCCUUUGACAUCAGUCGAGACCGUUGUCUGGCGNCAAACAAUAGCAACAACAGUGCCACUGGUCGAAAGGUUUUCGUGCUCAGCGGCCGACGUCGGAAGAAGAGCAAGACCUACGUCAUUGGCAACAACGCCUUUGACAUUAGCCGAGACCGUUGUCUGGCANGCCACUGGUCGAAAGGUUUUCGUGCUCAGCGGCCGUCGUCGGAAGAAGAGCAAGACUUACGUCAUUGGCAACAACGCCUUUGA